UUGCUUGUCUGAGAAGUAGAGCAAAGCAGCAAACCUGUUUAUCUGCCUGAAACCAGGAAACCAAUCAAACGUUGCAGGGGGGAGAGGAGAGAGAGACGGAGAAGAAACAGCAGCGUUUGAGGCCAUGACAGAGAACGUGUUUCCACUGCUUUUUCACUCUUUCUCAUAGUUGUACUGUGACAGAGCUUGAGGAGGGUGAAGGGACAAAGAGUGGACGUUCUCCUCUUUGAAUGCUGCAUCUGCACACGUCCAUCGCUGCCUAAUGUAAUGUUGUUGGGUUAUCAUGAUAUGGAUGAAGGACGGCUGCUGUUUGAGGAUGCUAAGAUGUGAGCUUCUCAGAUGAAGCAGACAACUGACAGAAAUCAUUGUAAGGACCUCAAACAUUCAGACACUGAGAGCUUCCACUCCUCUUAGCACAGUAGUCGGCUCAUGCACAAGGACAGACUGGCAUUUAAAGUAGUUUAUGGUUCACAUCGCUCACACACAACAGCGACAUGAUGGCAGCAGCAGGUUCAAGCUCCCAGCUCCCAACAAGCGAGGACCGACAGCUGGUGGACAAGGCCCUCAAGAGACUGGAGAAGCUCCACGAGCUGUGCACGAACCCCCGCCUGGGCCUGAGGAACAGUCCGCCGUACCUGCCCGAGCUGGUAUUUGAGACGACAGCGCUGCUCACGCAGGUUUGGGAGCCCUACAGAGGCUCCAAGGCCGCAGGCGGACAGACGCCCCGGGGAGACGAGGCCAGCUACCUGAGGGUCCAUGUCAGAAACCUGCUGGAUAAGACAGACAGGGCCGUGCUGCUGUUCAAAGAAGGACGGGAAAAGAUAUUUGAGGAGACAUCGAGUCAAAGGAGAGACUUGACCAAACUGUCCCUGCUGUUCAGUCACAUGCUGUGUGAGAUGAGGGCCAUGUUUCCAGAUGGAUCUUUUCAGGGUGACACCUACUGGGUGACCAAGCCAGAGGCCGAGAAGUUUUGGUGGCACUCGUUUGGCAACAAGUGUGUGGUUCCGUGGACAAUCUUUAAAGAGCAGCUGCGGAGUGUGCAUACGUUUGAGGAAGGGAUGGAGUCCAUGGCGCUCAAAUCAACCAUUGAUCUCACCUGUAAUGACCACAUCUCUGUGUUUGAGUUUGACAUCUUCACCAGACUCUUUCAGCCCUGGUAUUCACUUUUAAGGAACUGGAACCAAUUAGCAGUGACUCAUCCAGGCUACAUGGCUUUCCUCACCUACGACCAGGUUAUAGCUCGUCUGGAGCACUACCUGCACAGGCCUGGAAGCUAUAUCUUCAGACUAAGCUGCACAAGAAUGGGCCAGUGGGCUAUUGGUCAUGUGACCACUGAUGGCAGCAUCGUCCAGUCCAUCCCCGAGAACACACCUCUCUACAUGGCUCUCAUCGAAGGCUUCAGUGAGGGCUGCUACCUGUACCCUGAUGGCCGUGAUGUGAACCCCGACCUGACCGCCUUGUGUGAACCUUACCAGAGGAGCAAUGUCAGAGUCACAGAAGAGCAGUACGAGCUUUACUGUGACAUCGGCAGCACCUUCCAGUUGUGUAAGAUCUGUGCAGAGAAGGAUAAGGACACUCGUAUUCAGCCCUGUGGGCAUCUCCUGUGCCAACGCUGCCUCACAGGCUGGCAGCAGAAGUCAGCGGGCAACACGUGUCCAUACUGUCGCUGCCACAUCAGAGGGACCGAGUCCAUUCUCAUCGAGCCCUACCUGGCAGGCAGUGGUCAUGGCCAGGAGGAGGAGGAGGAGGAGGAAGAGGAGGAGGAGGACCAUGAGGAUAUUGAAGUUGUGGUAAAAGAAAUGGCUGCCUUGAGGAAGCGCUCAAGUUUGGAUUACCAGGUGCCCAUCUCCCGCCUCUGUGCUCCACCUCUGCCCCCUAAAAACAGCAAGACCCCACGCUCCUCCCGUCCCACCCACCAGCCCCAGACACCAGAAGCCAACGUGCUGACCAAACACUCGCACUCCGGUCCACCUCACGGUGUCACUGAAGCGCGGAGGAGACGCAAACAACAAGCCAACGUCAACAGGACUCAGAGGGAGGAGCCAAACAGCAGUGGGGACGAUGACUCUGGUGGCCUGAGGUUGCCGAUGCCACACUCACUCUCCCACAGCGUUGAGCAACUUACAGAAGGGAAGACGUCUUCUUCAAACCAGCGAGGUGUCAACAGUGACGCCGCAUGGCUCGGACCCUCCCACCCAGUCAAAGAGAGAAGAAGACGUAAAGGGAGAGAGGAAAGGAGAAUCAGUCCCAGAAAAGAUACAUUUGGUCUGGCUGCAGCCCCUAUGGACGACAAGAUCGUAGGCGGCUACGAGUGCACCCAACACUCCCAACCCUGGCAGGUGUCUCUCAAUAUCGGCUACCAUUACUGUGGCGGCUCCCUCAUCAACGACCGCUGGAUCGCCUCCGCUGCGCACUGCUGGCAAAACCCCUACUCCCAGAUUGCAGUCUUGGGGGACCACCACAUCUGGAUGAACGAGGGCACGGAACAGUACAUGUCGGUGGACGCCAUCUAUUGGCACGAGAACUACGACUACACCACCCUGGACUAUGACAUCAUGCUGAUGAGGUUGGCUCAGCCCGUCACCGUGAAUGAAUACGUCAGGCCCGUCGCCCUGCCCAAAGCCUGCCCGCCGCCGGGACAUGGCACGGUGUCCGGAUGGGGCAACAUCUACACUGAUCAAGUGUUCAACCCAUUCAACCUCCAGUGUGUGAACGUCCCCAUUAUGUCCCACAUGGACUGUGAAGGCUCCUACCCCGGCAAGAUCACCGACCACAUGGUGUGCGCUGGAUACCUGGAGGGAGGCAAAGAUGCUUGUCAGGUAUUUUUCACGCAAUUACACAGCACAUUAAAUGAGGCUGUGGAUGUGUAG